AUGGAUUUACAUUUAAAAUGGAUAAUAUUCUUGUGUGUGCUGCCGGUCGGGUUGUUUAUGGACGGCAUCAAUUUGAAGCACAUGAAUCAUUUCAUCAAAGUUGUGGAGACCAUUGAAACAGAAAACCCCGGGCUUGGGCCAUUAGCUGUGCUAAGAGGUUUGCGUGAAGCUGCAGGCAUCAACACACCCUUUAUCCAACAUUAUCUUGGUCCCUUUCGUAGCCAUGCAAAAAGCCUAGUGAUUAACCCAGCACUCACUGGAUACCUCUCCAAGAUUCUUCAACACAAGGUAAAGAGGGAUGUUGAGGAAGGUGUAGUCCUCACUGCAGAUGGAACCACUGUGGCUCUUGCUCCUCUCCUUCUGGGCCUUGAGGCUGGUUUUACUGGUACCGUCACUCGUGUCCGUGGCCUGUACCCCCUUUCACUGACCCAAAACCUGGCUCUCUCAUUCCUGCAACAGUCGGAGAGAAGAUCAUCCACCUCACCACGUCUUGGACCUGGAGGAUGUUGGGACAGUGUGACAAAUCCUCAGGUGUUCACCCUUUCUGGUGAGGAGUCCUUGGCUACAGAAGCUCUGAUUAAUGGAGGCAUGGAUGGAGUAAUUCUGGGGAGACAUAUGGCUAAACCCAACAAUCGUCUUGGAAAAUUGAGCAGCCUUCUAAAAAAGUACUAUAACCAUCAGCUGGACGGUGCAGGACUAGAUGCUGCACCUACUCUGAUCAGCCAGCUUCGCAGAAGCACCUUCAGAAAGUUGGUCAGCUUUCCUUUACUGAAAAAGCAACUUGAAAGAUCUCUGACUGUUUAUCAAAAGUGGAAUAAAGAUCUGAAGAAGAUCCAGAAUAAGGCAGAGAUUCUAAAUGAAGGACUGAAGGAGUUUUUCCAAAGUUUUGUAGACUGUCCAGCCAUCAUUCCAAGAUGCAUGUGGGAGGCUCAGCCUUACCGGGGUACUCCCACCCUGCUGUCCCUGCCUCUGUCCUUCCUGUACAUCCACCACACCUAUGAGCCGUCUCAACCAUGUCUGUCAUUUCAGCAAUGCUCCCAAGACAUGAGGGCGAUGCAGCGCUUCCAUCAGAACGAUCGCGGCUGGGAUGACAUUGGAUACAGCUUUGUGGCUGGCUCAGACGGGUACCUGUAUGAAGGGCGCGGCUGGUUGUGGCAAGGUGCCCACACCAAAGGGUACAACUCGAAAGCCUAUGGCGUCUCCUUCAUAGGAGACUACAUGAACAACAUCCCAUCCGAGCGCACCAUGGAUUUAGUAAAGACGCACCUUGCAAAAUGUGCCAUAGAUAAAGGAAAGCUGGUUUCCAAUUACAUCAUACAUGGGCACAGACAGCUGGUCAACACUUCCUGCCCUGGAGAUGCAUUUUAUAAUGAAAUUAAAGGAUGGCAACACUUUGGGGAAGUGAAGCACUAAAGAGGGAAUGGAAAUUUUUGCAUUGCUGAAUAGACAGCAAAUACACCAACUAUAUGUACUUGUGAGCAUAUAUUGGGAUAUGUAAAAUAAAUGAAUAAUAAUAAUAA